AUGCAGCAGGUCCUUCAGCGCUUCGGCUUCACCUGGUCCUCGGCACAGGCCACUCCUCUGGCUACAGGUCCAUCGCUCUCAGCUUCACCUUCGGACGAGUCUGUAAAGCCGAGUGGUCCUUACCCAGAGCUAGUUGGCUGUCUCAUGUACCUAAUGACUUGCACUCGUCCUGACCUCGCUUACCCUCUUGGUCUCCUGGCUCGCUACGUGGCUCCUAGCCGGCAUCGACCUGAGCACAUGGCUGCCGCUAAGAGGGUUCUGCGCUACUUGUGCAGCACAUCAGACAUGGGGCUCGUGCUUGGAGGGAAGAGCCCUGUUGUCCUCACUGGGCACUCAGACGCUUCUUGGGUUGACGACCAAGCUACUCAGCGGUCGUCACAGGGUUACACCUUCAGCCUUGGCUAUAGUUCAGUUUCUUGGCGUUCUACUCGCUCGUCUUCGGUUCUCAGCUCCCGUUGUGAGGCUGAGAUCUACGCCACAGCCAUGGCUGCACAGGAGUUACGCUGGCUCACCUACCCGCUGACCGACUUGGGAGAGCGGCCUCGUUCCCCUCCAGUGCUGUACAUCGACAACAAGGCUACCAUUGCCUUGUCUUGCUUUGCCUUUCUUGACUGGUCUUGUGACCCCUUUGCUCUCCCCCAACUCGCCUAUGGGGGUGUGUCAAACAUCAUAUAUGUUAUAGUGAUGUAG